UACAACUUCUCCAAGUCUAGGGUGUUCAAUUGAGUACUCAUGUAUAACAUGGAGCCGCCAGACUUGUGUGAUAUGCUCACAGCAGAACCUCAAAUCCGGCGCGUUGACCUUCAACUCAAGGCCGGCCGGCGGCACUGCGUGCCUAUAUUUACAAACAGGCCAGUGUAUUGUUGCAAGCAAGGACGAUUAGCUAGCAAACCCUUGUUCCAAAUCAAGGAUCCCAUCCAUUGAUUUUCAAUGUAUAUCUCCAGCCUUCCCCGCGACGUGUUGCUCGACAUCCUCUUGAGACUCCCCGUCAAACCCCUCAUCCGAUUCUCUCUCUCGUCCAAACAACUCCUCUCUCUCAUCCACCACCCUCAAUUCAUCAACCUUCACUUGACUCGCUCGAAAUCCAACCCUUUCCCAGAUGACAAUUUCCUCCUCCUUUGCUACAAAUCAUCUUUGGACUUCAAGAAACAGUACUGCUCUAUCUCCAGCUUCGCAGACGGAGGUAAAACCCUUAUUGAGCACAAGAAAUUUCGACUUCCAUUCAAGAGCAGCCAUGGUGAGUAUGGGUACGUUAAAAUUGUCGGUUCCGCGAAUGGGUUAGUUUGUUUGUUUGAUAAUGAUUUCUAUUCGCCUGCUGCUGAUAUAAUUCUAUGGAACAUGGUCAUUGGGAAGUGCAAGAAAUUGCCUUGUUCGCGCUUGGGAUAUCGAUAUCGUCAUAGCUUCUCUCAUAUGGUUGUUGGGUUUGGGUUUGAUUCGGAAGCGGGUGAUUUCAAAGUUGUUCAAAUUUUGUAUGAUGUUGAUAGUGAUGAUAUUCCUGAUGUAUUGGUGUACUCUAUGGAGUUGAAUUAUUGGAGGAAAAUUGAAGCCGUUGCGCCGUGCUAUAUGCCUGAUCGUUGGUCUAGCAAUGUGUAUGUGAAUGGUGUUGUUCAUUGGAUGGCCUACAAGAGGCCUAGGGUUGGUGAUCUGCGCGAUUCAAUUAUGUCAUUUGAUAUUAGUGGUGAGGUUUUCAAAGAGAUGGCAUUGCCCAGUAAUCGCCCUAUAGGUUAUGACAAAUUGCACUUGUCUGCUUCGGCUUCUGGUGUGACACUGUCUCUUUUUUUCCAGUUUGACGACCGGUGGGAGGUAUGGUUGAUGCAGGAGUAUGGUGUUGUGGAUUCUUGGAUGAGACAAGUUUCCAUUGUAGGGGAACAGAUUUCGUUGCCACUGAACCUUAUGGAUAAUGGGGAUGUUUUGCUUGAAACAAAGAGUGGAAAUCUGGUUUCGUGCGAUGCUGAGAACCAACAGAUGAAGGAUCUUGGAAUUAGUGGUCUUUACUUCCGCUUAGUUCCUUGCACGUCAAGCCUAAUUUUGCUUGAUAGAGGAGAAAAGGUUUGUGUGUGACCCUGUGUUUUAGGAACAAAUCGAUGUUUGUGGAGCUCUGCUGGAAUCAUAAUGUGUUAACUUUUCUUGUGAGGAAAUUCAAACGAGCCUUCUAAGGUAAUCUUUGAAGAACAAAGAUUGUUACUUUUGUUUUCCAUAUCUUAUAACUAGUUGUGGUUGAACCAUUGAUUGUGCCUGUAAUAUAAUUAGUUAUGUUGCAGUUGUGCUGUAGCUUUGCAGUUACUUUUGGGCUUGUGUUGGUACAGAAGAGAACAAGUAGGAAUUGGGCUAUUGAUUAAAGCCAAGGACUCAAUGGCUCCUGCGAUUUUUUUCUUCCCAUGCUUAGACUACUGGGUGAACAAGUAUUCACUGAAUUCAAUAAUUUUGUUUUUUUAGCGCUGCUGUUCCUUAUUCUUCCUCGUCUUGACGGAUAUUGUGAGAAAUAAUUUAAAUUUUGACCAGAGAA